UAUUGAACGGAGGCAUGUGGUAAUACGCCUAAUUUGCACAUAUCUUGUUGCUCUUUGCCAGCUUGUAAAUAUCAAUCUAGUAAACCGCCCAAGCCACGAGUUCACUCAAAUAUCUCAAAUCUAUCACACAUCAUAUGAACUACUAGCAAAGAUGGAGGAUCCAUUGACCAUGUUCGACAACAACUUCCACAUCUCAGACUCCGAGAUGCCUUACUUCUCAUACCCAGAUGCCUGCGUCGACUACCAGGUCACCGACUUCAGAAAUCUCUCAUGCCUCUUCGACCCACAAAUAAGCUACCAAACUGAACCUAAUGUCCACCUCGACAAUGCUCUCACCAGAGUUUCCCACAGCAACAGGAGCAGCAUCAGCAGCAUCAGCAGCAAUGAGUCCCCAGAACUUCACGAGGAUCUCCCUAACUUCUUCUCUGAGCACCUGUUAUCCUCCCCGGCUACUGGUCAGCCAUUUGCAACUCUCGAUGCACAGAUCCCACACUCGGGAUACUCUUCAAUGCCAUUAGACAGCCACCUAGCUAUCACAGCGCCGAACUCAUGGGCCUCGCCACCUCCUACGUCUCCUUCUACGUGCCCCGCUAUCUUCACCUCUGGCUUGGAACCAUUCAAGCACCACACGGUGAUGAAUCAUGGACAAGUAACACCGGGCAAUUCACCUAAGGACCUUCAGCCCUUACUACGGGAGAGCACGAAAGCUGCGCCGAUGACGCGGCGGCAGUCGAGAAAGGGGAAGGAAGUAGCAGCUGUCACUACUACUACUAAUAAUGCUACUGCUGCGGUAUCGGUCGAGAGCGAGAAAAACACGAAACCACUUAAGGAUGGUAGGGCGAAAGUCAAGAAGCCGACGAAAUCGCAGCAACCGUCGAAGAAGACAACUCUUGAGAAUGUUGCUGCUAAACGGGAGGCAUUCCUAAAGAGGAAUAAAGAGGCGGCAUCUAAGUGCCGGAUGAAGAUGAAGACGCAGAGGGUGGAGGAUGCAGUGAGAAUGACGGUCCUCACAGAGGAUAAUGCGUCGAAGGGGCUAGAGGUCGAGAAGUUGAGGAGCGAGGUAUAUGGAUUGAAGAAACUGCUGUUGUCGCAUUACAGAGAGUGUGGUGAGGAGAGGCUCAUGGAGUAUUGGAAUGGGUUUAGAGGCGUAGGAGCAGGGGAGGGGGUGGGAGCUGGGAGGCACGGAGAUGGAAAUGUAGUGGGCAGUGUAGAGGGAAGCUUUGAGGAUGGUGGGGUGAAUAUUUAUGAGGAGGAGGGGCGAGAGGAGCCGAGGCAGCGCCACAGAGACGACAUGGAGGAUAUUUCCGUUUGCUCAUUCGACUCUGGAGUGCAUUAAAUGAUGUCAUGAAUAUAGACGGUUGGGAGUAGAGUGGGAGCUAGAGUCGAGCCCGAGCUUUGGGGUUGCGGCGGUUCGGUUUAUCUUGACACUUUACUAGGAUUAAUAAAAGCUCGUCUGUAUGGCUGUUCUGUUGAUUGGAUUCGUCAGGAAAAUGAUUUGUUGUGGAGCCAGACCAUCUCCGCACUUUCUGGCAGUUGGGGCGGGAUGGCUUGGGGGUGGCGUGGGGAUGGCGCGAUGGGUCCGGGAUGUACAUUAGGCCACCCUAGACCGCUGAACCCCUAGACCGUGCCUAGACCACCUGGAUCACAUAGACCACCUGGACCACACCACCCUGGAUGCGCCCUCCAGCGCCCUAGGCCACAGUGGCGUCGAGUUCCAAUAUUCGGACAACCUCGGUGUCCGAAUAUUGGAACUCAUGGUCGUGCUGCACCGCUUUGCCACUAUGACAAGGGGCCGGCGAUGUACAGUACAGUGGUGGAGCUCAAAUGGUACUGUGGAAGUGGAUGUCUGGUG